GAAAUGUAUUACUAAAAAAGAAUUUGUCUGCUGCAUUUACAUUUUCCAACUAUCGACCAAUGUCAGAUGGACAAAACCAAUAUUAUGAUAUAAUAAUAUCUGGUGGUGGACUCGUUGGGGGUGCGAUGGCUCAAGCAAUACAGUCUAGUUCUAUCUCAAAGACAAGAAAACUUUAUUGCUUGAAGCUCAACCACCGCCAACGACGAAGGUAAAAUCAUUCCAAACUUCACAACCAUAUAGCAAUCGUGUUAUUGCAAUAUCUCCAUCUUCAAAAAAAUUGUUACAAAAACUUGAUGUAUGGGAUAGCAUUGAAAGAAAACGUCCAGUCUCAAAAAUGCAGGUUUGGGAUGCCUGUUCUGAUGCAAUGAUUACAUUCGACAAAGAAGAUGUUGCAGAUGAUCUGUGUUACAUUAUUGAGAACAACAUGAUAACCUCAAGCAUACAAAAUAUUCUUGAAAACAGCACUAUGGGACAUUUAAACACAAUAUACAACUCAAAAAUUAAAUCAUUUACUUUGCCAAGAAAUUAUGCAAGGGAUGACCCAAACAAGCCACUUCCGAAUGUUAAGAUCGAAUUGGAAAAUGGUGAUGCUCUUGAGACCGCUCUUUUAGUAGCUGCAGAUGGGGCACGGUCAUUUAUUGCACAGGAAGCAAAUAUAUCAAAGGUAGCAUGGACAUAUAAGCAAUCUGCCGUUGUUGCAACACUGGUACUGGAGGAACCCACAGAAAAUUUCCAGGCUUGGCAAAGAUUCCUUCCUGAAGGUAUAACAAUAUCAAUUACAUUCUUCAGCUCAUAUUAACUUCCCUUCCUUUCAUGCAUUUUUUC